AUGGGUUUAUCACUUUCUCUCUUCGUUUUCAUGCGCUUGCUUUUCUUAUUUCCGCAGUUGCAUCUUAUACUCACUCUUUCUUCUCCUUUUAUGCAACCCUUGUGCCAUCAUGAUGAAAGCUUGGCCUUGUUGCAAUUCAAGGAAAGCUUUGUCAUCGAUAAAAAUGCAUCUGAUGCUUAUGGAAGGAUAGAUUGUGGAAAGGUUGCGUCUUGGACAGUACUAGAAGGAGACAAAAGUGAUUGCUGCUCAUGGGAUGGAGUGGAGUGCGAUGAGGCCUCGGGUUAUGUCAUUGGCCUUCAUCUCCGUAGCAGCUGUCUCUAUGGUUCGAUUAACUCCAACAAUAGCCUUUUCCGCCUUGUUCACCUCCAAAGGCUUGACCUUUCCUACAAUCACUUUAACUAUUCUCCUAUCCCACCUCAGGUACGCAAUCUUUCAAGACUAGCGUAUCUCAAUCUCAGUGCAUCAAUGUUUUCAGGUCAAAUCCCCUUAGAAAUUUCACAAUUGUCCCAAUUGUCAUCUCUUGAUUUGUCUCAAGACUAUUCCCUUUUGGAACUCAAAAAGCCUAGCCUAAGAAGCCUAGUAGGAAAUUUGACCCACCUACAAGAGCUUGAUUUGAGUGGGGUGAGCAUAAUUUCUGUGAUACCUACCAUCUUGGCAAAUUUGUCUUCUUUAACGUUCCUCUAUCUUGAUGAUUGUGGAUUGCAUGGGGAAUUUCCAAUGGGAAUAUUUAAGCUACCAAAUCUACGGGUUCUUUGGGUGGGUUACAAUGAAGGUCUCAUUGGUCAUUUACCAGACUUUACAUGGAGCAGUCCACUUGAGGCAUUGGUACUUACAGCCACAAGUUUUUCUGGUGAGCUACCCCCUUCAAUAGGUAACCUUAUCUACUUGAACUCGUUGAAUGUUCGUGGUUGCAACUUCUCAGGGUUCAUUCCAUCUACACUUGGUAAUCUCACAAAUCUCACUUUUCUUAGGCUUUCAAAUAACACUUUCACAGGUGAGGUCCCAUCUUCAAUUGGAAACCUCAACCUACUCUCUUUUCUAGACCUUCGCCAAAAUCAAUUGACAGGUCCAAUUCUUUUUCACCUUGUAAACCUGAUGCAACUGAAAGACCUUUAUCUACAGUCAAAUCAUUUUACUGGUGAAAUACCUGUCGAGAUUUUGAACCUCACAGGGCUAAGUGUCUUGAGUCUUAGGGGCAACAAGCUUCGAGGUCGUAUCCCAAAUUCAAUCUUUAACCUCAAGAAUCUGCAAGUACUUGAUCUUGCUAUGAACUACUUCAGUGGGACUGUGGAGUUUGACGAGUUUGUUAAGCUCAAACAUUUAACUAUUUUAUAUCUAUCUUAUAAUCAAUUAUCAUUACUUUUCAAAGAGCCCAAUGUCAAUUCUAGUUUUCCAAAGUUUCAAUGCUUAUGGUUGUCUUCGUGCAAUUUAAGCAAGUUUCCAGAUUUCCUAAGAAACCAAGAUGAGUUGCAGUAUUUAGAGUUGUCCGAUAACUACUUGCGUGGCCAAGUACCAGAAUGGAUGUUAAACAUAGGCAAAGCAAGUAUGGAAAUAUUUUCCCUUGCUAACAAUUUCCUCACGGGCUUUGGUCAACAUCCGAUUCUUCUCCCCUGGACUCGUUUGGCCUUUUUAGACCUCAGCUGUAAUUUGCUCCAAGGAUCGCUUCCCAUCCCAGCAGCCUCGAAUUUGAAAUAUUAUCUUAUUUCAAAUAAUUCAUUGACUGGAAAUGUUCCGGAAUUUUUUUGCAACCUCACUUCUCUUCAAGUCCUUGAUUUGGCUCGUAAUAGCUUAAGUGGUUCACUUCCUCGAUGCUUGGACAACUUUGGUGCUUCGCUAUCAGUACUCAAUCUGCAAAGGAACAAAUUUCAAGGAAGCAUUUCAGAGAAUUGGGUAAAAGGAAGUCAGUUGAAGAUAAUAAUUUUCAGUCAAAACCAAUUUCGAGGACGAUUACCAAGGUCGUUAGUGAAGUGUACGAUGUUGAAGGUCCUGGAUCUCGGUAAUAACCAAUUCAAUGAUAGGUUUCCUUCUUGGUUGAAGAAUCUUCCAAAUUUAAAGGUUCUCAUUUUGCGGUCAAACAAAUUCAACGGCCCAAUAGAGAUUUCUAACAGCAAAUAUAUGUUCCCAAACUUGCAAAUCAUUGACCUCUCCUAUAAUAGCUUUGUUGGAAAGCUACCUCUAGAAAUUUUCUGCAAUUGGACGGUUAAAAAAUUUGAGACAGCACAUCAUUUGACAUACAUCCAAGUAAACUCAACUCUUACAUCAUUCUCCAAAACUCUUGGUACUUACAUUAAUGGCUCUUUUGGUUAUGAUUACUCCAUGACAAUGACAAACAAAGGCAAUGAUAUGUUCUUUGAGAAGGUCCAAGAAUUAUUCACAGCUGUUGAUAUGUCCAGCAAUAGAUUUCUCGGAGAAAUUCCUAAUUCUAUUGAAAAUUUAAAGGGGUGUAUUUUGCUCAAUCUCUCCAAUAACAUUCUCACAGGUCACAUCCCACCAUCUUUAGGGAAGCUUGAAGAUCUCGAAGCAUUGGACCUUUCUCAAAAUAAGUUGUCAGGGGAGAUCCCACAAGAGCUUACACAACUUAAUUUUUUGGGAUUUUUCAAUGUUUCUCGUAAUAAUCUCUCGGGACCUAUACCACAAGGCAAACAAUUUAAUACAUUUGAAAAUAAUUCAUUUGAAGGGAAUCAAGGAUUGUGUGGGAGACCAUUGACAAAGAAAUGUGAGAAUUUUGAUGAAUUGCCUUCUCCAUCUUCAAUCUCCGAAGGAAGUCAAGACUAUGAAUUGCCAUUUGAAUUUGGUUGGAAAAUUGUUGUAAUUGGGUAUGCAUUUGGACUAGUUCUUGGAGUGACAAUUUGGUGCACUGUGAUUGCAAGGAAACAUGAUUGGUUAAUGAAAACCUUCAUAAUAAGGUAA